CUUUGAGAGGGAGUAGUAUUAAAACCUGAGUUAAAGGAGUAGAAUUUUGGUAAUAAAAUUCGAUGCAUUGACCAAGACGAAGACUAUUAGCCAGUGAUGAUACUAUAGUUCAGUUGCACCAGAAACACACAGAUUCACUCGCACAACUCGUUUCUUCGCGUACAUCCUAUUUCUCGAUCUCAUUUCAUCAAAUCCCUAACCUAUUGUAAAUGCGAUUUGCAAUCUCUGAUUCGUAGCUGCAGAAAUGGCCACAAACCUUGCCAAAUUUCUCAUUAUACUGUUUUACACUAUUUCGAUCUGUAACGCCGUCACGAUUCCAAGUCCAAUUUCCGAUUCUCACCGUUCCGCUGCUUUACAACUCUUCGAUGAAUCCUCUUCAAGUUUAGAAGAAACCUAUGAGGCUCUAAGAGUAUUUGAGAUACUUGAGCUUGAGAAUAAGCCUGAUGUGAGUGUAACCGCUUGUCGGAAGGUAGUGGAAAAUCUCGGAUCGUCAUCCUAUCUGAAGGAUUCGUUCUAUGCCUUAAAGGUCAAUGGCAUUUUAAAAUGCAAGGUUGAUAGGGGUGUUUUCCAGGAUAUUACUUCAAGACUUAAAGCUGCCGUCAAUGAUGCAAGUACUUUGGUUGACAUAUACUAUACAAUAGGAAGUUUGGUUCUUAUAAAGGAUCAGGCACCUGAUGUCGAUGUACUUCUUGCCGAUGCCGAUGGGACAUUCCAUUCAAUCAAGGCUCUGAGCCAAAGUGAUGGAAGAUGGCGCUACAGUUCUGAUAAUCCAGAAUCUAGUACCUAUGCUGCUGGAUUAGCACUUGAAGCAUUGGCUGGAGUCAUAUCAUUAGCAUCUUCUGAAAUUGAUCAGUCUAGGGUAAAUACGGUGAAAAGUGAUAUAUUGAAGCUCUUUGACAGCAUCCAGAAAUAUGAUGAUGGAACAUUUUAUUUUGAUGAGAAAUUUGGCGGUGGCCGCGAGCAUCAGGGUUCUCUUUCCACAUCUUCUUCAGUUGUUCGAGGGAUUACAUCAUUUGCUGCUGUAACUUCUGGAAAAAUAGAUCUUCCAGGGGAUAAAAUAUUGGGUUUAGCAAAAUAUUUAUUAGGCAUUGGACUUCCAGGAAGUGCCAAGGACUUCUUUAAUCAAAUUGAAUCAUUAGCUCUUUUGGAGAGCAAAAGGGUUCCCGUUCCAUUAGUUCUUUCACUUCCUGCAACAGUUUAUUCAUUGUCCAAAAAAGAUCAGCUCAAGGUUACGGUGAAUACAGUACUUGGUUCAGCUGCACCACCUCUUACAGUCAAGCUUGUCCGAGCUUUCCACACCGAUGCUAAAGAUUCGGCUGUUAUUGAGGGCAAGGAACUCCAGUAUGAUCAAAGUAGUGGACUUCAUGUCAUGGGCUUCCCAGAUAUUGUGGAUGUGGGAACAUAUGUGUUUGUUUUUGAGACGGUGCUUCAUGAUUCUGGUAGUGAAAAUGAUUAUGCUAUCGGAGGCCAAAUUCACGUGCCAAUAUAUGUCACUGGCAUUGUUAAAGUUAGCAACGCAGAAAUUUCAGUUCUUGGCAGUGAUCUUGGAAGUGAUGAAACCCAGAAAACGCUAGAUUUGGCUGGAACUGAUGUUGUUUCACUCUCAGCUAACCAUCUUCAAAAGUUGCGUUUUUCUUUUCAGUUGACAACGCCUCAUGGCCAUGCCUUUAAGCCUCGCCAGGCAUUGCUUAGGUUGAAGCAUGAGACAAAGUAUGAACACAUCUUCGUGGUUGGAAAUACCGGCAAGAAGUUUGAGAUUAUUCUCGAUUUUCUUGGCUUGGUGGACAAAUUUUAUUAUCUCUCUGGAAGAUAUGAUUUUGAGCUGACUGUUGGUGAUGCUGUCAUGGAGAACUCUUUCUUGCGGCCACUUGGUCAUUUAGAAUUAGAUCUUCCAGAAGCACCUGAGAAAACAGCGCAUCUUCCCCCACUACCUGUCGAUCCUUACUCAAGAUAUGGGCCAAAAGCAGAGAUAGCUCACUUGUUUAGGGCUCCUGAAAAGCGACCACCCCAGAAUCUCUCUCUUGCCUUUUUGAUUGUGACUCUUUUGCCAUUCAUUGGCUUUUUGGUUGGGCUAUUGCGCCUCGGGGUGAACUUCAAGAACUUUCCUUCUUCAGCACUUCCUGCCACAUAUGCCAUCCUAUUCCAACUUGGCACUGCCGCAGUUUUAUUGCUUUAUGUUCUUUUCUGGUUGAAGCUGGACUUGUUCACUACACUCAAAGCACUAGGGUUUUUGGGUGCUUUUCUGAUGUUUGUGGGACAUAGAAUUCUUUCUCAUCUUGCUUCAACAUCAGCUAAGCUAAAGUCUGCUUGAGUAAAAGGAAGAUUGGCUAAUGUCUAUUUAUGAAGAGAUGGCAUGGUUAUCUCACUUAUCUGAGGCUUCCCUUGAAAGAAUGGCACUAAUCAAAUUUUGUAGGACCUUUGAUGUAGCCGUUACAAUUUAGAGAACUCAAUCAUAUCAAAAAGAGAAAGACGUUGUCUUGAUCUUGCUUGAUCUUGAUGAAAGCCAUAACGUGAAAGCCAUAACGUGCAAGUACUCGUGCUUUUAUAGUCUAAUAUCAUGUAUUAUCAUUCUAUACAACAUGAAGUAUUUUGCUAGUUGA